AUGUUAAGAGCAAGACUCAAGGAUACAAUUGUCUCACCAGGUAUCACAGCUGUACUUCCAAUUGCAGAAUCUAAAAGAUUGAUUUUGGCGAAAACUGAUGGUAAUGUGGAAGUUUAUUCAAGGGAAAAUGAUAAGUUUAAGUUAUUUCAAGUAUACCCAAAUAUUUUGAAAAAUUUACAUAUAGAUGAUCCUAAGAUAUUUGAUCUCUUAUAUUCAGAACAACUUUCUACCAUUUUCGUCCAAUGCAAAAACGUCAUCCUGUUAUUAAACAGUUUUAAUCUACAUGCAUAUGAUAGAAUAGUAGAUAAAAGAGGAAUUUCAAAAUGGUGGUUAACUACCACAACAAUAUCUCCUUCGACAACAAAGGCUAAUGAUGAUAACUCAUCGGCAGAACUUGAGUCCUUAGCUGAAACAAAUGGUGAAAGAAGCUCACAUAAUGAGGACUCAAUGUCAACAUUUUUACUUUAUGCAACAAUAAAAUCGUCAAAGCUUAGAUUAUUGAUCUGGAAGGGAAGAAUCUACAAGUCGAUGGUCGAAAUUAAACUUCCAAGCUCAAAUGAUCAUGUGACAUCUGUAAAUGCUACACCAAAUGGGAUAAUUAUUACCACCAACAAUGGCGUAUUUGUUUGGAAUUAUGUAUUAAUGAAACUAAUUAGGAUUCGAAAAAUUGUAAAACGAAAUUUUCCAUCAAAUAUGGUUUCUGCCAUAGUAGAUCUAAGACGUCAGUGUAAUUUGUCAUAUCCAAAUAAAAUGGUACUAUCAGGAUCAUCGAACUAUGAGGUAUUAGAGCGCGUUUCGUCGUCGCAAGGGAGUAAUAUGACUAAGAAAUCAAAUUUAUCAGGGUUUUGGCAUCGUAGAACUGAUAGAGAUAAAGGGAUUUACAGGAGGAUACGAUACAGUUUUAAUAAUAUAUAUUCUUCCCCGUUUAUUAUUGAUGGGUUAACAGAAAGUUUGUUUGAGGUUAAUUUAGAACGUGAUAAAGAGCCGUUCUUAAUAACCAAUAGUCAUGAACAAUUUUUUGAGUGGAAUUCGUCCUUUGAGAAUGUUGAAUACAUAUCUUCUGACAUAUUAAUGAUGUAUAAUUCAAAAGAAUUAAAAUUUGUGGACUAUGAAAAUGGUUUUACAUUUCUUGAAGAGUAUAUUCUUGAUGGUAUCAAAAAGGUGGAAAAGGUACUGGGUACAUAUUUAAUAAUAUGGACAAAUAACGAUCGAAUAUUACUUUAUCAUUAUCAGGUUGAUGACGAUAUAACAGAACUUGAUGGCGGAAGUAACCAAAGCAGUAAUCAAGAGAGUUCUGACGAUGUCACAAUUUGUGGCAAAUUCCAUGAUUCUGAUUUUUAUUAUCUAUGGAGAAAGGUUCUUUUUUACCAAUUUUUCCUUCGUUCUCCAUAUUCUUUAGACCUAUGUGCCUCACCUAGCCCAGAAGAUUCGUUGAAUGUAUGUGCCAUGAAAUUGAGAGAUUUCACAGUUUUGUGGUGCCUGAAAAUAUUUGAUGCACUCGAGGAUUGUCUGGAUAUUAUUUACCCUACUGAAAAGGAAUUAGCAAAACAGGGUGAUAAUGACAAGAUAAACCGACCUGUUUUCGAUGAGAAACGCAUAAGAAUUUUGGAAGAUAUAAUUGUAAAAGGCGUUUUUACCUAUUUUAUUGAUGUAUGGGCACCACCACAAUUAGUUAUCCUAAACACGUUUCCUCCUGAUGUUUCUGGAUUAGUCAAUUCCCUGACAAGUGAAGAACAUAAAUGUAUAAAUGAGAACAACUCUCUAAUUUCACCUGCUCCAACUGGAAUUACACCAGAUUUAUUCAAAAAAUGGGUUAUUCCAUACUUAACAGAUACUAGAAGAAAUCUAAAAAAUCUUAGAAAGAAUAAUAAUACAGGAAUUACUUGGAAUUACUACAACAGAUCUAUACAGCAAAAAUUAGAUUUCUUCUUACUUGAUAACCAUGGCCAAGUUACAAUCAAUGAUAUGUUGAAACUAGUUGAUACUGUUCUAUUUAAGAUGUAUAUCAAGUAUGUUCCUGCUAUGGUUGGGCCAUUGAUAAGGGUAGGAAAUUCAUGUGACCCGGAGAUUGUUGUAAAUACAUUAAAAUCACAUAAUAUGCCUCAAGAAUUAAUUGGAUUCUAUCACCAACAGAAUAAACAUGAGGAUGCUCUGAUGUAUUUGGUUUCCUUAUUGGAUGAACCAACAAGUGAAGCCAAUAAAUUAAAAGUAAAAGAAUUGGUUAAAGUAUUAAUAAUAUCUUACCUGAAAUCUAUGGGCAAUAAUCAUAUUAAAGAAGUUAUGCAUUAUACUGACUGGCUUCUCGAAAAUUACGGAACCACGGAAUCAGUCAAAUGUGAAAUAUUGAAAGACAUAUUUUUUGAUGAGACCGCAAUAAGUAAAGAAACUAAGGGUAUGCAAAUUUAUCAAUUCAUUAAAAACUACAACCAAAGUUUAUCGCUAACCUAUUUAGAAGUAUAUGUUAGUACUGUGGAUAUUAUUGAUGAUAACCUCAUUUAUGAAUUAAUCGACCAAUAUCUAAUCGGCAUUAGCAACAUCAAGGUGAGACGAAAACUUAAAUCCGUUCUUGAGUUGCCGCUUCAUUAUGAUGCUUCAAAGGUAUAUUCGAUAUUUAAUAAAUUCCUAGAAAAUGAUAGGGACUGCGAUGGUAACUCCUUAAAAUCAGAGAUAAAACAUUUCAUUCAAAUUAUGGAAACGUAUGCAUUAUUCAAGGAAGGCAAUCAUACACAUGCAAUAGAUAUAUUAUAUUCAGAUCUUGAUGAUUAUAAAAAAUCGUCAUCAUAUUGUGAUAGGUUAUUUGAAUCUGUCCAAGAUCAAGGAGUAGAAGUAAUACUAUAUUUAUUUGAAAAGAUUGUUGAACGAUACAUGAAAGAGACUAAUGAAGCCGCAUUAACUGUCAAUAAUGGGAUACAAUAUAGCAAGCAAAUUAUGAUGUUUCUAAAGGAUCAAGGAUCAAGAAUAGAUAGUUUGAUGAUCUUAGAAAAAUUACCACAAUCGAUACCCAUCCAGGAUAUAGGAAAGGAAUUGACGAAUAUUGUUGUAUCAAAUCAGCAUAAUAAAGAAGAGGUCGAUUUAAAGAAGGCUUUAUUGCAGGUAGAACUUGUGAACGAGACAUUCAACUUGAAUAAAGAAUUAUCUAAAUUUAUGACUGUAAAUGAAACGUAUAAAUGUCCCGUUUGUGCAAAACCUUUUUCGAUUUUUACCUCUGAAGAAGUAAUAUGGCAUAAUAUUGAUGGGAAAGAUUACGUGGUUCAUUACAAUUGUGCUAGAGUUCGUCGAUCUCGCUCGUUUUCUGUACAGACAGACGGUAAUAAAAUAAGCGCUGGACCACGGACUGUCGGAGAUAUGAAGAAUACAUAA